AUGAUAUCUCAGGCUGCUAAUAGAUCUAUUCGUAGAAAAAGGAAUAUAAAUCUUAAACUUGAUCAUUCUCCUGUCGUUCAAAACCAAACAACUCCAGAUACAAAUGGUGAAAUAGUUAAUGUAAGGGAUGGGCUUGCUCAACGUUUAACUGACUUGGAAAUUGGUCUAGAGUUUAGACUAGAUUUAAAGGAAGAAGAUUUAGUUCAGUUAAAGGAAUUAGGUGCAGGAAAUGGCGGAACAGUAUCACAAGUUAUGCAUAUUACUACAAAGACCGUGAUGGCAAAAAAGAUUAUUCACAUCGACGCGAAUCCAAAUAUUCGUAAACAACUUCAUCGUGAAUUGCAGAUUCUUAAUGAUUGUAAUUCAAGGUAUAUUGUUUCAUUUUAUGGAGCAUUUAUGACUGAUACAGAUGUUUCAAUGUGUAUGGAAUUUAUGGAUGCUGGCUCACUGGACAACAUAUAUAAAAAAGUCGGGCCAAUUCCUUUAGAUAUACUUGGUAAAAUUACGAUAGCGGUGUUAGAAGGUCUAAAUUAUCUUUAUGAAAGUCAUAGAAUUAUUCAUAGAGAUGUAAAGCCUUCAAACAUUCUUGUUAAUUCAAAAGGACAAAUCAAGAUCUGCGAUUUUGGUGUAUCUGGUCAACUUGUUAAUUCAAUUGCUGAUACUUUUGUAGGCACGUCAAAUUAUAUGUCGCCUGAACGUAUUCAAGGUGCAAAAUAUAGUGUCCGUUCUGAUGUUUGGUCAGUUGGUAUUACGUUGAUGGAAUUGGCGUUAGGAAGAUUUCCUUUUCCACCAGAUGGUAGUCAAUUAACAGUUUUGGAACUUUUGCAACAUAUUGUAAAUGAACCUGCACCGAGAUUACCGCAAGGACAAUUUCCAGAAGACAUUGAUGAUUUAGUUCAAAAAUGGUAUGUGUAUGCCUUCAUUCUUAUUUUUCCCAACGAUGAUUAA